CGGAGCGCCGGGUCAUCCUCCUCUCAGCUGACUCCGGAGCAACAAACCAGAACCCGCAGCUGCUGUCAUUAAAGCCUUUAACCGGCCGGCAGAUUCACCUCGCGAGCGAUGAAUAAAACGCGCGCCCAGGGGACCGGACGGAGACCGGCUGCGGUUGUGUUUGCUCCGUGCUGCUCAGUACCGCUUCUCGGGCUCGUCAGAGGAUGGAGCGCUGGUUGAGAGGGGGUGGCAAGCCGUCCGUGUCCCGGUUUUUCCUCGGUCUUGUCCUCGUCCUCUCGCUCCUAGCGGGGCAAGCGAGCUGUCACAGAACCUGCACACACAUAGUCCCUUCCGGCCGUGAGGUUGUCCAUCAAGUGUACUUGAAGCCUGAGCGCUUAGCGAAGAGAAGUUCUCCUGACGACCUGCAGCUAAAGAUAAAGAUUGUCUACGACAGCAGCGUUGACCAACUUCCUGCUGACAAACGGAGACUGGUGAAGGACAAGCUGUUUCCUCAGGCCAUCGACUACCUUCAGAAGGCGUUCAGCUUGAGGCGCAGGGUAGGACCCGUGCUGCUCAGCAGGCAAUGUGCAACCAACCAGUACUUGAGGAAGAGAGGUGACCCUCAUCGAUACUGCCAGGACGCCUGCGCAGACGUCACCCGGUGCGGUCCCGUCGUCGUACCACAGCACCACCUCCAGCAAUGUAAGGUUUGCAGUGAGUCUGGGAAGUCCUGUGGCCCAGCGGGGCCCCCGGACGGCCCCGGGGUGGAGGGCUCAGACUUUGUGCUGUACGUCAGCGGGAUCACCACUGAGCGGUGCGGACAGGAGAACAUAGUGGCCUACGCUGCCUACUGCCAGCUGGAAGCAGAGCUGGACCGGCCCAUUGCAGGUUAUGCCAACCUGUGUCCAGCCAUGAUCUCCUCUCAGCCUCAGGAGUUUGAAGGAAUGCUAUCCACUGUCAAACACGAGAUCAUCCACGCUCUGGGGUUUUCGGCCGGUCUGUUCGCCUUCUACCACGACGACGAGGGCAAACCUCUGACUCCACGCUUCGCCAGCGGCCUUCCCGCGUUCAACGAGAGCCUGGGCCUGUACCAGUGGAGCGAGGCGGUGAUCAGGAGGGUCAGCCGACUGUGGGACAUCAGAGGAGGAGAGAUGGUGCGGCACCACGUUCACGUCCUGGUCACUCCUCGGGUCGUGGAGGAGGCCAGGAGGCACUUCAGCUGCCCCAUCCUGGAGGGGAUGGAGCUGGAGAACCAGGGCGGGACGGGAACCGAGCUCAACCACUGGGAGAAGCGGCUGCUGGAGAACGAGGCCAUGACGGGCUCCCACACCCAGAACCGGGUGUUUUCCCGCCUCACGCUGGCUAUCAUGGAAGACAGCGGCUGGUACCGAGCCAACUACAGCCUGGCCCAGAGGCUGGACUGGGGCCGCGGCCUCGGCUGCGACUUCGUCAUGAAGAGCUGCAAGUUCUGGAUGGACAGACAGAGACAGAGGCGGCACUCUGUGACUCCGUUCUGUGACACGGUGAGGGCCUCUCCUCUGCAGCUGACCUGCAGACAGGACCAGCUGGCAGUGGCUGUCUGCAACUUACAGAAAUACCCCCAGCAGUUGCCCCUAGAAUACCAAUAUUUCGAUCGGAUCCCGGACGUUGCUGCAGAUCAGCUGUCGUCCUUCGGGGGCGCUGUGGAGAUCGCCGAUUUCUGCCCCUUCAGCCAGGAGUUCAGCUGGCACCUCAGCGGAGAAUAUCAACGAAACUCGUAUUGCAGAGUGUCGGAGAACCAGCCAGACUCAUGGAGGAAUUAUGGAGCGGAGCAGUACGGCCUGGACUCUGUGUGUCUGUACCAGAAGUCGGCCUUCGUCAUGGAGCAGUGCACCAGGAAGAUGACGUAUCCAGACUGGGGCUCCGGAUGCUACAAGGUUUCGUGCUCGUCUCAGGGCCUGACGGUGUACGUUCAGGACCGCUCCUUCCUGUGCGUGAGGAAAGGUCAGCAGCUGAGCGUCAGCGUCCGGGUCAACGACUGGGUUUACAACGGGGUCCUGCUCUGCCCCGCCUGCACCGACUUCUGUGACGACUGCCCCCUGCCCCACCAGCUCCUGCCCAUCAACGCCUCCAGGAGCAACCCCAUCGAUCCCUGCUCCAGUUCUACAGGUCUGGCAAUCACUCUCUGGCUCCUUCUGCUCAACCUGCUCCCUUUAGUGGCUGGACUGCUGAUCUGUCACUGGAGCUGAUGACACACACACUCGCACACAUGCUCACAAUAAGGUAGCUAAAACUCUACUGUACUGUAGCCCUCAGAGGACUUGAUGACACACCUUGUUUUUCUUCUGUAUUGGAUUUUCUUUCCUCUGACCUGAAGCUGGGAAAAAAACAACCUUUUUGCAUCCCUGACUCUCUCUCUAUCCAUCCCUCCACUCCUAUCUUAUCGUUUCCACCUUCGACUCAACGUUUUUCCUCUCAGGAUCUUUGCUCUUCCAUUCCUGUUUUUUUUGGGUUUUUCCAAUGAGAGAAAUUCUGUCUGCGUCUCUCAAAACCGUCUGCCACAAAAGGAUGUGUUUACAUGCACUUCAAAAACCAGGUUGCACUCUUUUUUGUGUGUAAUCGAGAACCAUGGUCACUGUAAUCAGAACGUAAACACUGCAGACACAUCUACUUGUUUCGAAAGGUUAUCACUGGCUAUGGGAGGUACGGUUAUUUAAAAGUGGCAGCUUCUGUGGUUACUUGCAGGUAAACUGUUUGUAUUAAAGGGAAUGCGCAUGUUAUGAACCAGUUCUUCUCUCUUUUCAAGGCUGUGGUGCGUUUAUAUUGAUGUAAAUAUAUAGAAUUAUUUCAAAUUGACCAUUUUAAUUGCGCGGAAAAACACAGACAUAUUUCUAUUAUCAAGUUAGUAAAGCAAAGGUUAGCUUUUGAUUUUCCAUUUCAUUCUGUUCUUGAAUUCACUUGUCAAAAGGGUCCUCCCCUUUUCGGAGAAAAGUUAAUUGCUUUCGACAUAAGCGUUCAUAUCGCACAUUAAAAUUCAUCCUGCAUCAUCAGAGCUCAGUUAAUUAUUAGAGCUCAAUUAAUUAAGUGCAAACAGUCACUUGAGAUGUUGCUAUUCAGUCACAAACAUGAGUGAAAUUCAUCUGAAUAACACUUUUGUGAACAUACACAAACAAAACAUUCAGAAUAUCGCCCACACUGCAAUCUGUAACCCACUGAUCGAUCAAUGCAGAUUUGCCGGUCAGGGUGUACUAAUGGUACCAAACUGGCCUAAGAAUUUAAGAUUGCUCAUAUAGUUGCCAGAUUUGUUGUGUUGCCCUUCAUGUUUCAGGCAAGUCAUUACCAAAUCUUGGAUUUAUGAAUGAUGUCACAGUUGAGAUCUUUUCAGCUGCAAUUCGGAAAGCCACUUUGAUUUUAUUGUUGUUGUGGCUAGUUAGCAUGCUAGCCUUGUUUAGCAGCACAAGGUGCUUCAUUUUGGGUUUUUUUGCUUUUAGAUACUGUAGGAGACGUGGCACAAAUAAAUAAAGAACAGUAGUACCUGGUAUUUAAUGGAGUACCAACAGACAGGCACAGUAACAAAUGGUUUAUCCUCCUGUGGCUAUCAGCAUUUUGAAUUCAAACUGAGUAGCCCAGGUAACUCUGAUGUUUCAAGUCAGAUUUCUAUCUACAAGAGGUGUUCCAGUUAUUUUUCCUGACUCAGAAUAUGAAUUAGUUUGACUUGUAAGUACAAAAGGAAGUCACCAUUAGGGGGACAUAGUUCACUCGUGUCUUUUGCAGUGCAUGUAAACAUGUUUUCAUAACUCUUAUAUUACAGGGAACAGAAUACUCAUUUGAUUAAAAUGAAAUCUAAUUUUAUUUUCUCCCACGGUCUUAUGAGACGGGGUCAUUUGGACCCUGCAAGUUUUUUACCGUGUGCGCGGUCUGGCGAGGUCGCAUUGACCCCGUGUGCGUUUGUACAAUUCUUUUUAAUUUAUUUAUUUUUGUCUACUGUGUGGUUUCGAGAACGGUCUGAUGGGACAACGUCCGACCGUGACAUCUGUCGCACUCCUCCUGAGCGCCGCUCUUCAGUUAAACACAGCGGGGUGUUCGGCUUUCUCCCAGUGAAGGAGGAACACGAUGGAUGGAAUCUCUCUAACUUGAACCCAUUGUAAAUUGUUUUUCAACUUCUCAAUGCUCAGGUUUCAUAUUUAUUUUCCUCCUUUCACGUCGCACUAGAAGUAGAAUCGAAGAUAUCAACACUACAGCUGGAUUUCAAAUCUCCUUUUCAACAUUUUGUUUUAUUUUUGUUCAUUCAUCUCAGAUGGGAACAAAGAGGAACACUAGGAAGCUUUGUUUGUUUGUUUGUUUUAUUUUUGGGGAAUUUUUACACUAGAACACACUCCUGAGGCAAGACUGGAAUCUGUGCUGUUUGGUGACCCCUGCUGGCAGCUGUGGGGAACAGGUUAAAGCUUUAGAAUGUGAGGCAGUCUGUCGUACAGAAACAUUUUAAAGUAUAUGUGUGUGAGGUGGAGUACCUGGCGUUUAAAUGAAUUACCUCUCUUGUUGUGAGCAGACCUCAUGUUUCAUUAAUGUUGGGAUAAGCUGUUCACAUGAAGGUACCGCAGCGUGUUGAGAGCUCAUUUCUUUUUCUGAAGCACGCUGAAUUCCUGCUGAGCUGAUUAAUCAUACGCUGCUUUUGCAUACAAAGUCAGAACCUGGAUCUCGUCACACUCAAGUUAACGGUGUCUUGGUUUUACUCGCCUCAGAAAAUCUUUUUUUUUGUAGUCCAAUCGGCUGAUUUAAAAACUACAAUCACUGUAGCACUUUCUCUGACCUCCCUUCAAAAGCUAUUUAAAUAGGAAGAGCGGUACGCUUGAAAGUUUCGAAAACCUUGGCAAUGCCUGGGCAAUGGUGAUUUGCACAUGUACUGGUACGUGUGCUACAGGUUUGCCAUAUAAACCACCAGAUGUCGCAAGAAAAACCGUUUAGCAACGCUGUUUUAUAUGAGAGGAAGCCAUAUUUGUGAAAUUCUGACUUUAGGUGGUUAUUCUUAAAUCCAACCUGUGAAUUCUGACUUUUGAGGAAAAAAAGAAGAAGAAAAAACAGGCAGCAGAGUUCCUUCUUGGACGUGUGGAAUUGAACACAAACCUGUGCCAGACCUUUGAUACUUGGGACGUUCUAGUGCCAUGAAAACGUCCGAUUGAAGUUGCCACAGUGUAGCCAUCGGUUUGAACGGUUUCCUGACAUUUCUAGGCAUCUCUAAAUCCACUUUUUGUUUUCCCAUCAGUUGUGAAAGUUUGGUUGCUCCAUGUCGUUUUGCUGUAAGCUACAAGGAAAGCUACUCCUCUUUGCAGAAUAAACGACGGUUGAUGAUACCUAUAGGUAUCUUGUGGUAAAACUGUACUCUUAAACUCUUGAUCAGUAUUCUUAUUUUCUAGGGAGGAAUUUAGACCCUCCAAUGUUUUCCUAUAUCUGCCUCUACUCUGGGUUAAACAUCCUACAGAAGGACCAGGCAGAUGUCAGAUCCACUGACGGACAACAGCGGCAGGAACGCAGCGGUGCUUCUUAUUUUAACAUGGAUGUUAAAAGAAACUGAAGGACUGUUUUCAUCAGCUGAAUUGUAAUGUUGGGCAUAUCUAUUGCAAAUGAUGUUUUGCAGUUUUGUACAUGAUUGUUUUUAAAAUGCAGCCCAGUGAGAUAAAGACCACUUUGUCUGAACUGGUCCUCGCUUCAGCGGCUGAAGUUCACAAAACGGAGGAAGCUACGGCCAAACUUCCCUAUCAUGUGAAGUGUUCAUCUCACUGCAGAACAAAUGACCUUUCAGCUAAAUGUCUCUCUGUGUUUUUUGUAACGGGAGACUGAGAAAUGCAUAUAAAGUGUUUUUAUUUCAUUUUGUAGACUAAAGAAGAAAGGGUUGGCGUUGACUGUGCUUUUUAUUGCCGUCAGUAGUGUCAAAAACAGAGAUUCAAUGUUUGUAUGGUAAACUGUUCAAACCUUCUCUGUGACUGUUAGACCAUUUUUUUUUAGUUAUCCUGUGGUUUGUUGUCAGGUGGGGUUACUGUUGUUGGCCAUUUUUCCACUCAUACCUGCUCGCAGCAGCUUGACUUGGCUCUAUGUGGUUCUAAGGGAUAUCCGCCUACGUGGGACCAGACACUUUUCUAGAACAUAGAAAAUUGUCUUAGUGUGCCAAGUUGGGCUGAAAAAAUGAUGUCAGAAAAGUGUUAAUAGGGGCUUUAGAGCACGCGACUCUUAUACAGAGGCUACAGACCUGGACGCGGUGGACUGGAGUUUGACUUCCGGUAUCUUUACCGCAUGUCUUUCCUCACUUCUUUUUGACCGCUUCUACUCUGGUAGCUGGG